AUGCCGCCACCUGGGCAAGGAAAACGAAACAGUAGCCCGCAAAGUCGGGCUCCAGGGACCAAGAAAACCGCGGGGUUUCCGACCGACUCUCAGGAACCUGGGGGCGUAGCGUCCACGGUUUCCGAGUCGGAGGCGGAAGCUCAGGAGCCCCUCCCGGAAGUCGCUGCCGUCGCUUCCGGGGCGGCGCGCGGCGCGGGAGGCCUCCGGAUGGGUCGCAGCCGCAGCCGCUCCCCGCGGAGGGAGCGUAGGCGGUCCCGGUCCACGUCCCGGGAGAGAGAACGCAGGCGCCGAGAAAGGUCCCGGUCCAGGGAGAGAGACCGGAGAAGGAGCCGCUCUCGAUCCCCACACAGAAGACGCUCCAGAUCCCCAAGACGACAUAGAUCUACAUCUCCUUCCCCUUCCCGACUGAAAGAAAGAAGAGAUGAUGAAAAGAAAGAAACAAAAGACACAAAGAGCAAAGAACGGCAGAUUACCGAGGAAGACUUAGAGGGCAAAACUGAGGAAGAAAUAGAAAUGAUGAAAUUAAUGGGAUUUGCCUCCUUUGAUUCUACAAAAGGGAAAAAGGUGGAUGGCUCUGUAAAUGCUUAUGCCAUCAAUGUGUCCCAGAAGAGGAAGUACAGGCAGUACAUGAAUCGAAAAGGCGGAUUCAACAGACCUUUGGAUUUCAUUGCAUGAGAAUUGUUAAAGAAUGGUUUCUCCCCCUCACCUUGAUCAGAAGAGUGGAUUUUGUAUUUGUAUAUGAUAGACAUCAAAACAGGAUCACAGUCCUUCUGCCUUGUAAAGUAAGAAAACUUUAUUUAUGAUGUCUGUAGUUCACUUACCUUGCCUGAAGAGAAGAAAGGUUAAAUACUACAUUUUUUCUUCUAGGAAAUAUCUUUGGGGGUAAUCAUCAGUCCCCUUGUUUUGUCCUUAUUCCUGUGGAAGCUUACAUGUUUUCUUCUUGGAUGCUCAUUAGGACUUUUUAAAACACAUAAAAGUAAUUUGGAUGUAAGUUUCUCAAAUAAAACGAUAUUUCUACCCUUUUGUAUUUGAUAAAUAUUUUUAUUACUAAAUAAAAGAAUCCCCCUGCAUUGUUUUCAAUCACA